GCCAUUCACAUCUGCCUGGUAGGAAACUGCUGCUCCUUGGAUCCCUCCAGUGCCGGUCACCUCACUAACCGUUCCGUAUCCUCCACCCCUCUCUGCCAAUCCCUGCACUGGCCUCCACUCAUGUCCUCCACCCCUCUCUGCCAAUCCCUGCACUGGCCUCCACUCGGUGUCCUCCACCCCUCUCUGCCAAUCCCUGCACUGGCCUCCACUCAGUGUCCUCCACCCUCUCUGCCAAUCCCUCCACUGGCCUCCACUCAGUGUCCUCCACCCCUCUCUGCCAAUCCCUCCACUCAGUGUCCUCCACCCCUCUCUGCCAAUUCCUUCACUGGCCUCCACUCAGCGUCCUCCACCCCUCUCUGCCAAUCCCUCAACUGGCCUCCACUCAGCGUCUUCCACCCCUCUCUGCCAAUCCCUCAACUGGCCUCCACUCAGCGUCCUCCACCCCUCUCUGCCAAUCCCUCCACUGGCCUCCACUCAACGUCCCCCACCCCUCUCUGCCAAUCCCUCCACUGGCCUCCACUCAGCGUCCUCCACCCCUCU